UCUCCUCUCUCUGGCGUGCGCUUUUAUGCGACGUACUUUCUCUCUCUAGGGUUCCGUCAUUUGGCCUCUCUUAGUUUCCUUUUCGCCAAGUUGUUUCCGUUGUAGCUCGCCUCACUUAUCUCGUUCGACAUUUUGAACUCGUCUCUCGGGUUUUCUUUUGCUAAAGUAUAUUGUUAUCUUCUUCCUUUUUUCAAAAAUAAAAUAGGUUACGAAGAUAUUUGGGAUAUGGAGUUUGGAGGGCAGAGAAAAAGAGGCAGAUUCGAGGGUGGGCUUAAUGGAAAUGGCGGUUUCAAGAAGUCCAAGCAAGAAAUGGAGUCAAAUACACCUGGUAUAGGAAGCAAAUCGAAGCCUUGCACAAAGUUUUUCAGUGCUUCCGGCUGCCCUUUUGGCGAGGGAUGCCACUUCCUGCACUACGUUCCCGGCGGAAUCAAGGCCGUCACCCAAAUCCUCGGCAACAACCCAGCCUUGCCGCCCAACGCACGUAACCCAAUGGGCCCUCCCCCGUCUUUUCCCGACGGCUCCUCCCCGCCAGCCGUGAAGACCCGUCUCUGCAACCGGUUUGCUUCGGCCGACGGCUGCAAGUACGGCGACAAGUGCAACUUCGCCCACGGCGACCACGAGCUCGGCCGCCCCACUUUUCUCCCCCCACACGACGACCCCCGCUCCAUGAUGAUGGGAGGAGGGGGGCCACCACCCCCACCCCCACCCCACAUGGGGGGUAGGUACGGUGGCGGUGGUGGUGGGCCCCACCACAACCCCCCGCCGCCAGCGGGCUUUGGGGCCUCGGCAGCGGCCAAGAUCAGCAUCGAGGCGGGGAUGGCGGGGGCCGUGAUCGGGAAAGGAGGGGUCAACUCGAAGCAGAUAUGCCGAGUGACGGGGGCAAAGCUGUCGGUGAGGGACCACGAGUCGAACCCCAACCUGCGCAACAUCGAGCUUGAGGGCACGUUUGAUCAGAUCAAGCAGGCUAGCCAGAUGGUUCACGAGCUCGUUGCUAAUGUGAGCUCGAUGUCAGCGGCGGGGGGUCCACCGGGGAAGGGUCAUGGGGGUGGGUCGAGUUAUGGGCCGGGAAGCAGCAAUUUCAAGACGAAGCUCUGUGAGAAUUUUAUGAAGGGGUCUUGCACGUUUGGGGAUAAGUGUCACUUUGCGCAUGGGAUGGAGGAGCUGCGGAAGUCGGGGAUUUGAGGGCCUUUUUUUUUCAAUUUUUUUUUUGUGUUUGUGCUGAAUUUCUGAGCUUUGGAUCUUCAUCUUGUGGUUUUUAGGUGGUGGUGUCGUCUGUUUUUGUUUUGUUUUGUUUUGUUUCACACUUAAAAUUGUUAUAAUCAGACAUUGAUUGGAUAUUUAUGGUCCGAACCAUUUUAGAUGGCGUUGUGUUCUCUAUUAAUUUAUGAAGUUUUAACUGUGCGAUUCUUUU